CAUGGGCCCCCCUGUCUCCGGGGGGCUGGAUGGGGAGCCCCCGAGACCCCUCAGCCCAUGCGAGGGGCUGGCUACGGAGGCCGGGACGAAGAUCUUCGUGGCGCUGCACCCACCCCACCGAGCGCGAUAGGUCCUGGCGGGAACCCGAGCCGCCCGGCCCGGAAUCAGCCCGCCGGCUGACACAGCGCAUGCGCACACCGCCGCGGUGCAAGCCGAGGAAGGUGGCAGGGCCCUUUUUUUCCCCGCCGUUGCGAGGCCCGCGGCUCGCUCUCUGUUACGUCAUCAGCGGGCGCCGGCCGGGAGAGCGGGAGGGCGCGCGGGCCCGGAGGGAGCAUGGUGGAGACGGGCUCCCUGGAGCGGCUGGUGUCCGGGCUGCACCGGGCCCAGGCCUUGCGCUUCGGGGACUUCGUGCUCAAGAGCGGCCUCGCCUCCCCCGUCUACGUCGACCUACGGGCCAUCGUCUCCCACCCGCCCCUCCUCAACCAGAUUGCAGAUCUCCUGUUCCAAACAGCAAAAAAUGCAAGGAUCAGGUAUGACUCAGUGUGUGGUGUUCCAUACACAGCGUUGCCUUUGGCUACAAUUAUCUGCUCGUCCAACCAGAUCCCAAUGCUUAUACGGAGGAAGGAAGCAAAAAACUACGGUACUAAGCGUCUGGUGGAAGGCAUCAUUAAUCCAGGAGAAACCUGUUUGAUCAUUGAGGAUGUGGUCACAAGUGGAUCUAGUAUCUUGGAAACUGUAGAGGCUCUUCAGAAAGAAGGAUUAAAAGUCACUGAUGCCAUAGUGCUGCUGGAUAGAGAGCAGGGAGGAAAGCAACGGUUAGAAGAACGAGGGAUUUGCCUACAUUCUGUGUGCACCUUGUCCACAAUGCUAGAGAUUCUCCAGCAGCAGCAAAAAGUUGACUCUGAGAUGGUUGAAAAGGUGAAGAAAUUCAUUCUGGAGAGUGUCUUCAAACCAGCAGAGCAAAAUGAUGCUGCUCCUAUCAAACAAAUGGGCAAAGAAAUGAGCUUUAGCGCUCGUGCUCAGCUACCUGGAAUCCAUCCUGUUGCAGCGCGACUUCUCAAGCUCAUGGAGAAGAAACAAACUAACUUAUGCCUCGCUGCUGAUGUCACAGACUCCAAAGAACUUCUACAGCUGGCUGCCACUCUAGGCCCCAGCAUUUGUAUCUUAAAAACUCACAUAGAUAUCCUGAAUGAUUUCACCCAAGAGGUAAUAAAGGAGUUGCGAGCACUUGCAGACCAACAUGAGUACCUGAUAUUCGAAGACCGCAAGUUUGCAGACAUUGGAAACACUGUGAAACAUCAGUAUCAAGGUGGUAUAUUCAAAAUAGCUUCCUGGGCAGAUAUAGUUAAUGCCCAUGUGGUUCCAGGCUCUGGAGUUGUGAAAGGGCUGAAAGAAGUAGGGCUUCCUUCACAGCGAGGCUGUCUUUUGAUUGCUGAGAUGAGUUCUCAAGGGUCACUUGCCACUGGUGACUACACAAAAUCUGCAAUACAAAUGGCUGAAGAAAACUCAGAUUUUGUUUUUGGAUUCAUUUCUGGUUCCAGAGUUAGUAACAAACCAGAAUUUCUUCACUUGACUCCGGGGGUCCAGAUGCAAGCUGGAGGUGAUAACCUUGGACAGAAGUACUUACAUCCACAGGAAGUUAUUAGCAAAAGAGGCUCAGAUGUCAUUAUUGUGGGACGUGGCAUCUUGUCUGCAUCAAAUCGUCCAGAGGAAGCAGAGAUGUACAGGAAGGCAGCAUGGGAGAGUUAUUUAAGCAGACUUGCUGUUCAUACACAAGACUAAUUCGAGCCUAGGAUUCCAGUGAACAAACUAACCCAAUGCAUUCUAGAAGAAGCCGGAGUAAUUAGGAGGAUGUUUCUCCCCAUUGGUUAGGUUGUCAUCUACUCUGAACUCAACUGAAUAUUUUGCUUUACGUAAAAUCUGCCAAUGACUAAGUUUUUUAGUAAUGUGUAAAGGCUAAAUCACAUUAAUUGUGACCAUUGUUUCUUUGCAUGUGAGACUGUGAAACCAAAAAUCACCGCCCAACUUUAGUCUUACUUCUAACUGGUCCUCUAGUCUGUUACUUUGGAAAAUAAUAAACGAAAACACUCCA